CUCAGAAUGCAAAGCAGGGGCCAGAAAGCGGGUUCCACCAUCUCCUCCCGGAGAUGGCAGCAAACUGAGGCAGGUACAGUCGCGCGCGACACGCUGGUACGUUUCAUAUGCUCUAUUUGCUUUUCUCUGUAACUUAACAAGCAAGCCAUCAUGGGAACAGCCAACAACAGUCCAUCAGCCAUAAACCUCUUUGAGGAGAUGAAAAAUUAUACCCAGCCUGACGUCCUGUGUCACACGUUUGACCUCCUCUCUAACCUUCACAAGUUGCUCCCAAACCAUCUGGUGGAAGUGCUUCAUUCCUACAGAAGUGAAGACGACAAAAUUAAAUGUGAGAAUUCCGAAUUCUCGGGCUUGGAAAAGAUCUUAGCAAGACACCAGUUGCCGAAAGAGGUUAGUCUGACUCCAAAGCCCAGCAAAAUGCCCUCAUGGAAAAGAAAAACUAUCAACAAUAUAAGCGGCAACUGGAGGAAAUGUCACAUGUGGAAGAAAAACACAUAUGAGCCGCCCAUGUGCACGAUCAUUGUUAGGUGGGCAAAAAAGAACUUGCAACCCUCAGAGGACCUCAAGUCGGUGAUGCAAAGACUGUCUGCACUAGGCCCAAUUAUCUCAGUCACUCCUUGUGGACGACAAAGUGCUGUCGUGGUGUACAAAGAUACGACCUCGGCUUGCAAGGCUGUGAGUGCUUUUCAGAAAAUAUCCGCAGGCACGAUGUUCCAGUGCUCAUGGCAGCAUCGAUUCAUGUCAAAAAGGAUCAAGAUAUAGCCUCUUAGCUACAUCUACAGCGUACUGCCAGCCUGUCUGUUGUCAUGCGACCCACCAUGAUGAUCAUUGACCCACCCUCUGAAACUAGACCUUGGACAAGAAAACGUCCUUUAAGAAUAUAAUCAGUCAACAUAGCUUCAAGAAUAUAAUCAGAAAAGCAGCCACAAUUAAGGAACCAUAAACAGCAAAGCUUCAUAGUCUUCUGGAUAUGUAGAAUCUACUGGAAACUCUCACCUUCUAAACAAUUCCCAACUCCACUGAGUUAAGCAAACACUUUAAUCCCCUUCCACAAAAAUAGGAAUAAGGCUGAAAUUCUACAGUUGCGUAAGUGAAAGAAAUAGAAGAAAAAGAAAAAUGUGUCCGUGUCCUGGGCAGCAGCAUCACCUGUAAAGUUAUGGCAUUCUUUUUGGUGGGUCGAUUGAACACAAUCUUCGUGAUGCCAUCUUCAGAGAUCACCACAAUGUCCUUAGACCCCUGGACUUUCUCAUCAGCUCCAUACUUUUCCUGGCUAGAAGCUUCAGAUGAGGGACUCAGACUGGACACCAGAUUCACAUGGCUCUGCCUGGCAGUUUCCUGUGGAUGACAAGACCUUCGGCUUUUAAAAUAAGUAAUUUGAGAAACAUACUAUGCUAAUAAACACCACUUAGCAAUAAAGAA